AUGGUCAGUUCCUUAAGGCCAAUACCACUGAAACCAAAGAUGAGCGAAUCGUUGUGUAGUGUGGCCAACCUACUUGCAAUUGAACACGAUUAUCCAUCAUGUUACAUAUUCAACGAAGCAAUGAAAGUAUUCGGCAGUCGUCUCCUACAUACACGACGUUUGCCAAUGUCAAACGAUGGUGAAAAGACAUCCUGCAGCAUCAAGACACUAAGUGUUGUCAUCACAAGUGGCUGUGAUGAAUCACAGAAUAAGUUAUGGCCUAGUGAACACAUGGAUGAAUCACGUAGGUUUAAUUCUCCUCUUCAUAAUAUGCAUUCAUAA